UUUUAAAUGCUGAAUAUGAAUUUUUUCAGCCUUGUAAACCAGUAUUUUUUAGGACUUCAAACGUACAACCAGGCCAUAGAAGAGGAGAGAAUUCUGAAGUUGCUGUUUUGUCGUAAAAAUAUGGAAAUUGUUGAUUGGAAUACUUUGCCCAGUUUGGUACUUCAUCAGAUAUUUAAAUAUCUUUUACCAGAAUCCAGACUAGCAGCUUCGUCCAUUUGUAAAAAUUGGAGAUCAGCACUUUAUCAUCCACAAUUUUGGCAUCACAUUGAUCUCAACAUUACUACAAUAUCUAAUAAUGAUAUAAAGUCUAAAGUACAAUACAUUAAUUCUUGUAUUGUUCCGUUAGUGCAAAAUAUAAGAAUUUCAGUUGAUCCCUUCAAUUUGGAAUGUUUAAAAUUAACUGUAUCUACUAUUGAUGCUCUAUUGGACAAUCAUCUGUUAAAAACUAUUGAUAUUGAAAUUGGAUACUAUACUAUGACAAGAAAUGAAAAUUUAUUCAAAAAUAGCUCUAAUAAAAUGUAUAUGAUGACACUUCAAAAUUAUCUAGAAAAUGGAAUCUUAAAAGUUUUGCAAAGAAAAAAUUUUGAAGAGUUUGGUUUUGGAUUCAUACAAUUUUUAUAUUGGCAUGAUUUGAUCCAUAUGUUAGCCAAGUAUAGUAAUCACAGUAUGAAGCGUCUAGAAAUAACAGGAUUAAAUUCAACAUUUUCAAACAAAAUUACUAAUUAUACUUGCAUAACUAACUCUACAUUAAAUAACCUCACUUUGUUGACUAAUUUACAGAAAUUGAGCCUAGACUAUAAUUCAAAUACAUGUAACUUACUGCCAGCAUUGUAUACUAUGUCUCAUUUAGAAAUACUAAGUCUACGUAUUCUAAAAAAAAUAAACUUUGAAAUCAAUGACAAUAUUUGGUUAAAUUUGAAGAAGAAUUGUCCAAAAUUAGGUUUGAGGUUAACAAUAAUUAACUGUAAAUCAGCUGUAAAGAAAUUACACAGAAAAUUGCUUUGCCCAUCAAUGCCAUUAACUCAUCUUCAAGUUUUAUUUUGUAACAUGGUCAAUGUGCAGGUAUUACGUAAGCUCUUAGAUUAUCGUAAUACAUUACAAUCCUUAAUUUGGGUUGAUGAACAUUCAAAUAAUCCCACAAGUUUAUUGGAAGGACAUUGGCACAUUGAUCGUUUUGGAGGAGAUAUUGAAACAAAUCCACUUAUUAUUUUAUCAUGGGUAUGCAGUAAACUUUCAGAACUUGUAGUUUUUGGUUAUUUUAUGGAAACAGUUGAUGUAUGUGGUAUUGCAAGAUUAAGAGGUACUAAUUUAAAACGAUUUGAAUUACUUGAAGAAGAUAUCUGUUUUAAUCGUCCAUGGAGUGUCAUGAUAUUUGAUGAUGUUGUGAAAGAUGUUUCAAAAUGGAUGGGGAAAAAUUGGAAACCAUUGAGCAAAGAGAAUGUGUUUGUAAAUCAUUCAUUAAGUCAUCUUAAAACUUCCCACUAUACUUUGAAAUAUAUUUCCAAUUGUUAGAUGUUUAAGACUUUGUAGGAUAUUGAAAAGUUUGUACCUUUCUUUGUUUAUGUUAUUUGUACUUAAUUUUUAUAAGUAUACAUAACUUAUAAGGUAUAUUUGAUGAUGGUAUAAUCUUAAAAUACCCAUAAGUUAUAGGAUAGACCUAAGAAAAUUUAUUUUACUUAAACAAUAAAUUUAUUUUUAGUUAAAAUUUGUUUUAAAAAAAUAUUUAUUUAUAGUUAAAUUUUAAAUAAAAUGAUUUAAAACCAUUCAGUAUUUACGACAGUUUUAAAAUUAAUAAUUGUUGAAAUUUUCAGCAACAUUGUUUAUUGUACUCAAAACUAUGCAUUAUAAGUAAUUUUUGUGUCAGUUUAUCUGACUUUGUGAUAAUCAUAUAGCAAUACUGUAAUAUUAAUUGAGAAAUGAUAUACAUUUACAAAAUCAUAUAAUAUUUGGAUCAACUUUACACAUUUUUUGAAAACUAAAAUUGUUUGAUUGUUAUAUUUUAUUACUUUAAAUUAAUAAAUUUAAAAAUGGUUUUCUUUUUUCUUUAAAAGCUUUAAUAUAACUUAUAGUUACCACUACUAAAAAUUAUAUACACAAAUAUUUAAAUUAAUUAAACUGAAAGGUAUUUUUACAGACUAAGGGAAAAAUCAAAUAACCAUACACUUAUAUGAAGUGAAAAUUUACUAUUUAUUUACUAAUAACAUUAAGAAUUCUUUUUAAUUUAAUAAAUUACUUGGUUUUUAUAUUAUUUUAUGUUUAUAUUAUGUUGCUGCAAUGUUGUUAGUUUUUCUUUUAAGAUUUAUUUUGUUAUUGUAUUUAAAACAAUUCUAAUUAUUCAAAAUUUAUUUAUAUUUAAUGUGAAAGUACAGAAAAAUAAAGAAAAGAAAGAAAGAUCAAUUUUUUAUGCAAUGAUCAAUCUUGAUAUUCCUUCAAAAGUAAUAUCAAACACUUUAAAUAACAAAUUGUAAACCAAUAAUCACUUAUAACUAUUUUAUUAAAACUGGACAUUAUAUUUUAUAGAUUUGUAGAUUUUUUAAUUAAAAGAAAUUCGGUGAAAUUGGUACAUCAUCCCUUAAAAAUGAUUAAUUUUUGGGUGAAAAUGAAUAUUAAUUAAUUGUAGCAUAAGUUAUAUGUAACUAUAAAUCAUUAUGAACUAAUGUCCAGUUUGAAUAGUCAUUAAUUUAAAGUGUAUUACUACUCAAAUAAAGCGUGUAAUCUCAAAAAAGCACAUUUUGCUGAAUUGACUGUGAUAACAUCUGUUUAAUUGUACAACAUUAUAGUAGUGUAUAGGCAUUUAAAACUGGCCCUGUGUUAGAACGGACCAUCAAUGUACUUGUUAUUAAUGUUAAAAAAUAUUGUUUUCGCAAUGUGUUUAUUGAAAUUUAUAUAUAUUAUGUAAAGAUCUAUGUAAAUUUUCAAGAUCUAUAUAAUGCUGUGAUUUCAAAAGAUCAUGUUCAUAAUAUUAGUUGAAACAUGGUAGGUUUUCAUUGACUAAUUUUGUAUAAGAUCUGUUUUACACUUUUAAUUAAUAAAGAAAGCAUAAUUGUAUUAUAUCAAUAUUUGAUUUGUGUGAAUUUUUGAUUAACAGUAACACAAUCUUGAUGACUGAUGAUAUUUAAUGAAUGCUGUUGUCUUUUCUUUAUGUAUAAUUUUAAUGGAUUUUUAAAUUUACAUAGCAUAAAACUAAUAUUUUAUUGUGUUAUUAAAAUAACAUGUUUAAAAUAGUCAUAAAUAUUAAGAAGAUACAUGAUAGGAUAAUUUUUGUAAUUCAUUCAAUAUUUUUUGUUUUUGUCUUGGAUUAUCCUUAAACUAUGUAAAUUUACGUUCAUAAAAUAUUAAAUUAAAAACAAUGAAUGUUUUAACAUUUUUUGUUUUACUAAUUAUUAGUACAAAUGAAUAAAUUGUGUAAAUUAAUUGUACUACUAUAUUAUAUUUAUGAUUAGAGCUUGUUGUUCACUUAUUAUAAUUUUAUUAAAAUUAUAACCAUUGUGCUUAUGAAAGUAUUCCUAGAUAUCAUAUUUUGUAGUUGUAUCACGCGUGAUGAGAGGGUCCACACAUUUUUCUUUUAUCCAAUUUUUUUUUAUGUACAUUUAUGUUUUUAAAUUUAUUAUUGAUUAUUAUGGAAAAAAUUGUCCCCAAAAACUUAACUUAUCCACUGCCAUUUGCAUCAAACAAACUAAUUGACCUCAUACUGUUAUUAUUUGUACCUAUGUACUAAUUGUUAUUUGUUUUCAAGUUGUAAUAAUAAGCAUUGUUGAACACUUUUUUUUAAAUGUUUAAAUUGUUAUAUUGUUACACAAUAAUUAUUUCAUGUGAAAACUGUUGUAAAAAAGUUAUUUAUUGAAUGUUUUCUUACAUUUAUAAAUGGUUUAUGGUUUUAUGA